ACUCUUUCCCAAAUCGAUUGUUGGCGACAACGAUAGAAAGCUGAGAAAGUAGUCGAAAUAUAACUUAUUUUAGCUAAUUGUUUUUUAGUUUUCUCGUCGGAAGAUAAAUAGUUACCACCUCCAGCGUCUUCCUGCGCUGCCUCAGGAAACUAAACCGUCUCGUCACCGCAAGCAGCACAACUUGAAGCAGCCAAGCGUCAUUCCCCCCCGGAUCAAACUCGGUCCCGCCGUUCUCCUUCCCACUGCUUGUUCACCAUCCUCGAUCUCCCCUCUUAGACCUUAACAAACUCCAUAACAGCAUACAUACAUAACCCAUCAUGAACUGGUUGAAGCAGACCGUUGCCAACGUCGCAGGCACCCGGGAGCCCAUCUAUGGCCCCAGUGCCAUCCAGUCGGUCACGCAGCAGGCGCAGGAGGUCCCUUUUAGGGAACUGAUCAAGGACGACCUCAAAUGGCGAGCCUACCAGCACACCAAUGUCGAGACGCAGACUUUCUACAUCAUGGCCGACAACGGCGUAUUGGCCAUGGUCCAAGUCAUCUAUAGCAACGUUGCAGGCAUCCACACCACGUGCCAGUUCAAUUCCAAGAUCUUUGCGACCAACGGCGAUGCCCCCCACAUCUGGCAUUCCGAUGGCCUGCACAACCAUCUCUUCGAUGAGAGCAUGCUCUCCUUCGGGGCCGACAACCUGGCUCUCACCUUGAACGAGGCUGGGGAUUCCUACACCAUCAAGUCUGCUGUCAACGAGGACAGCUUGGUCAACAUCACCUUUACCCGGACUGCUCCCGGCUUCCUGGUUGGAAAGGAUGGAACUUCGUACUUCGGCACAGACCACAAGCACCCAUGGGGAUCCAUGCAUCAUUCCUUCUGGCCCCGCUGCAAGGUGGAAGGAACCAUCACCACCAAGGAGAAGACCUACGACGUGACCGGCCGCGGUCUCUUCAUCCACGCUUUGCAGGGAAUGAAGCCUCACCAUGCUGCUGCGAAAUGGAACUUUGUCAACUUCCAGACCCCAACGUACUCCGCUGUCAUGAUGGAGUUCACCACCCCGCGUUCGUAUGGCUCCACUGUCGUCAACGUUGGAGGCGUAGUGAAGGAUGGCGAGAUCAUCUGCGCGGGCGCCACCAAUACUGCGAAGCACAUCGAGGUCAGCCAAGACACGGAAAAUGACUGGCCCGAGCCGAAGACGGCCAGGUUCGUCUGGGAUGGCAAGACCAAGGACGACAAGCCUUUCCAUGCGGAGGUUGAAGGCUCCUUGGGCACCAGACUGGAUCGUGUCGAUGUCAUGGCUGAGGUGCCGGGUUUCAUCAAGGCCAUUGCAGGCAGUGUUGCUGGAACCAAGCCAUACAUCUACCAAUAUGCCUCUCGGGAUGAGCUUUCCCUGAAGGUCAAAGCUGGUGACGAGGAGAUCACCGAGCCCGGUACUCUGUUCAUGGAGGCCACCUUCAUUUCGUGAAAGAUAUAAUAGAUGACCGUGGAUUAUCCCUCGUUUCAGGGAUCCACAAUGACACUUGAUGGCGUUCUGAGUGCGUCCUUUCUGAUGAGCCGACGAGCCACUAUACUCGCUCUUUUUUUUUUCUGGUUGGGGAAACCGAAUCAUCUCUCUUUGGGAAAGAGGGGCUGCUAGAGAUCAUUAAGAAUGUUUAAUAUUCGCCUUCUUUUUCCCUUUUUACUUAUUUAUCUGUUUAUCCGUUUGAUGGAAAUAUUUUACGCAUG